AUGGUUCUGGACAACACAGCUACCGUCAAUUGGGAUUGCUGGGACCUAAAUGGUAACCACCGCUACACGCACCAUCGCUGGGACCUAAAUGGUAACCACCGCUACACGUACCAUCGCUGGAACCUAAAUGGUAACCACCGCUACACGUACCAUCGCUGGGACCUAAAUGGUAACCACCGCUACACGUACCAUCGCUGGGACCUAAAUGGUAACCACCGCUACACGCACCAUCGCUGGGACCUAAAUGGUAACCACCACUGCACGCACCAUCGCUGGGACCUAAAUGGUAACCACCGCUACACGUACCAUCGCUGGGACCUAAAUGGUAACCACCGCUACACGUACCAUCGCUGGGACCUAAAUGGUAACCACCGCUACACGUACCAUAGCUGGGACCUAAAUGGUAACCACUUCUACACGUACCAUCGCUGGGACCUAAAUGGUAACCACCGCUACACGUACCAUCGCUGGGACCUAAAUGGUAACCACCGCUACACGUACCAUCGCUGGGACCUAAAUGGUAACCACCGCUACCAUUGA